UGUCAUACAUUAAACUGCAUUUCUCCACUUGUGAUUUUGUGUCUCAAUCGAAAUGUUUUUAACCGAUUAUUUUGUCUUUUCUCAACCCUUAUACAGCUUAGCAACUGGACUCAUAUUUUUAUUUGAGUUUAAUUUUCUUGUAACGACUAUCAAAAGAUUAUUCCGAUUACCAUCUGGACCAUGGGGACUUCCAAUCGUUGGUUAUUAUCCAUUCCUAAAAGAUGAAAGUUACCUUGAGUUUGAUUCUUUAUCCAAAAAGUAUGGACCAGUCUAUAGUUUAAAGUUGGGACAACAUGAUGUUGUUGUCAUUUGUGAUUGGGAUCAUCUUAAGUUAGCGUUUGCUGAUGAAUCUCUGCUUGAUAAGCCACAUGAGCUUUUCUUUGAAGGAUUGAUCAAAUAUCCGUCUUUUGCUGAGAUGUCUGGCGAGCAUUGGCGUUCUCAUAGACGUUUAUCUUUACAUGUACUUCGUGAUCUUGGUUUUGGUACGAGUAAAAUGGAAGAGGCUAUAAGUAAAGAAAUACAACAAUUUUUACCAACCAUUAGUGAGGGUAAAGUGGAUUUUUUUGAAAAACUAUUACCCAGUGUAUCAAAUAAUAUAUCAAUCCUAUUGUUCGGUCACAAUUUCAAGUAUUCGGAUCCGUUCAAAGUCGAUUUAGAUCAUAAUAUGGAUCGUGUUAAUCGAGCUUUUCAAUUUGCUGGUUUGAGUGCAUUCUUUCCUUGGUUGUUCAAGUUAUCAACUUUCCUUGGGAUAUUUCGGAUGAGUGUAGCUUACAGCCAUGUACUCGCUGUUGAAGGUUUACUGCAAAAAGAAAUUGAUAAACACCAAGCUGAAUCUGGUAAAAGUGAAAUUGAUGAUUACAUUGAUGGCUAUUUGGUGGAACAAAAAAAUCGUCAAAAUAAAGAUGAAAAUGAUCAAGUGUACAGCAUGGGAGUUUUAAGGCGUAAUUUGACUGCAUUUUUCGCUGCUGGGUCUGAGACUGUUACUGCUACAUUAGCAUGGGCUAUGAUGUAUUUGGUUUAUAAUCCUGAAUAUCAAGACAAGAUACGAGCUGAAAUAGCUGAGGUUAUUGGAUUUGAUCGAGAACCUGUCUAUACGGAUAGGAAUCGAAUGCCUUUCACAAUGGCUUAUCUCAAUGAAACUCAACGAAUCGGGUCCAUUAUUGCUGUUAAUUUACUUCGUCGAGCCUCAAGAGACACAAAGAUUGGUAAAUACAAUAUUCCCAAAGAUACUAUUGUAAUAUUCAAUUUAUGGAGCAUUCAUCGAGAUCCAAAGCUAUGGCCUGAACCAGAAAAAUUUGAUCCCAAUCGAUUUCUGUCUGAAGAUGGUAGCAAAGCUGUUAAAUUACCUUACUUGGUCCCCUUUAGUGGAGGUAAAAGGAUUUGUCCCGGAGAAGGCCUAGCCAAUGUCGAAACAUUCUUGUACCUUGUGAAUAUUUUACAAAAAUAUCGAGUUCGAUGUGAUCCAGAUGUAAAGUUGUCAUUUGAAGCUACAUUUGGUGUUUCAAGGCGACCAAAACAUUCACCUCCAUUAAUUUUUGAAAAAAUCGGUUAAUUUUGGAAUUUCAUUGCUGUGCUCUUUGUUGCUCUGCUAACCAGACCUAAUGGAUUCUGAAAUUCACCAUUGUUACCAUCAAUAAAUUGUCCAUGUCUCUUUUAAUAUUUGUUGUAUGUUGAAGAAAUGUCUUAAUUUCUCUUCUUAGGUUUAAAUAAAAUCAUAAUUAUAAUAACAUAAUUUUAAUAGUUAAUAAACAAUAACUUUAAGUUUUCAUCAAUAAGAACUGUUUUGUGCAUCAGACAAUGUUCAUUUUAAUAAAAAAAUUGUCCAAUGUAUAAUAUAAAAA